AUGUUCGAUUUAAAGAAAAACUCGACUUUAGGAGAUGCCGAAGUGUUUUUUAUGUUGAAAAAAUAACCAAAGAUCCUAUUGCAGCAAAAAAAGUAAUACUACAUAAUUAAAAUAGGAAUAAUAAAUAAAAGAAACUUUGUACAUGAAUAACAGAAGAGAGUUUAAGAAUUCUUAGAUUAAACCUUAAAAAAGUAAAUUGAAUGUCUUUAAAUUGGAAUGCAACGAUUAAAUUUCAGGAGACCAAAGCAUUUCUUGUGUAAAACGUGCCUAAAGUAUAAUAUAGUUAAAGAAAUUAAGAUUAGAGUUAUUGAAUAUGCUCAGAAUAACACCAGAAAAACACUAGAACAAACAAAUGAAGCAUUUGUAAAUUUCAUCCAAACUCAAGUAGAGCGAUUAGGUAUAUGA